AUGCGUGCUUUCGACAUCCCUGCUGCUGCUACCUGCCCCGUCAAGUUCGUCAAGGACACCGUCAUCGUCGUUUUCGGGGCCUCCGGUGACCUUGCCAAGAAGAAGACCUUCCCUGCCCUAUUUGGGCUGUUCAGGGAGGGUUACUUGGACCCUUCCACCAAGAUCAUCGGUUACGCGCGUUCUCAAUUGACUCACAGUGAAUUGAGAGCCCAUAUCGAGCCUCAUUUGGGUAAGCCCAAUGGUAAGGAGGUGGAUGACCCUAAGGCAGAACAAUUCUUCCAAAUGGUCUCCUAUAUUUCUGGUGCAUACGACAAGGAUGAAGGUUAUGUGACUCUAAGGGACCACAUCGAGCAAUUCGAACACGAAAGAGACGUCGAGACACCUCAUCGUCUGUUCUAUUUCGCUUUGCCACCAAAUGUCUUUCUAAGCGUCGCUAAACAGAUUAAGAAAUUGGUCUACGCGGAAAACGGGCUCACGAGAGUCAUUGUCGAGAAACCAUUCGGUAGAGACUUGGAGUCGGCAAGAAAGUUGCAGAAUGAAUUGGGACCUUUGUUCUCCGAGGAAGAGAUUUAUAGAAUUGAUCAUUAUUUGGGGAAGGAAUUGGUUAAGAAUUUAACCAUGUUGAGAUUCGGGAAUCAAUUCUUGAACGCAUCUUGGAAUAAGGAAAAUUUACAGAGUGUCCAAAUCUCUUUCAAAGAACCUUUUGGUACGGAAGGUCGUGGUGGGUAUUUUGAUAAUAUCGGAAUCAUAAGAGACGUCAUGCAGAACCAUUUAUUGCAAAUAUUGACUUUGGUCACCAUGGAAAGACCACAAUCUUUCGAUGCUGAAGCUAUCCGUGAUGAGAAGGUCAAAGUAUUAAAGGCUGUGCAACCCAUUGAUGUUAACAAUAUAUUAGUGGGGCAAUACGGGAAGUCUGAAGACGGUACGAAACCAUCAUAUUUGGAUGAUGAAACAGUGGAUCCAAACUCUAAAUGUAUUACAUUUGCCGCUUUGAAUUUCAAUAUCGAUAAUGAACGUUGGAGAGGUGUCCCCAUCAUGAUGAGAGCAGGUAAGGCUCUAAAUGAGGGGAAAGUGGAAAUUAGAUUACAAUUUAAGAAAUCCUAUGGUGUCUUCGCUGAUAUCCCCAAUAAUGAAUUGGUCAUUAGAGUACAACCAAACGCUGCUGUUUACAUGAAGUUUAAUGCAAAGACUCCAGGUUUAUCUAAUGAAUCUCAGGUCACUGAUUUGGAUUUGACUUAUUCAAGUAGAUACAAGAAUUUCUGGAUUCCAGAAGCUUAUGAAGUGUUGAUAAGAGACGCUUUACUCGGUGAUCACUCUAAUUUUGUCAGAGAUGAUGAAUUGGACGUUAGUUGGAGACUAUUCACACCAUUGUUGAAUUAUUUGGAAGGACCAGAUGCACCAACACCAGAGAUAUAUCCAUACGGUACCAGAUCACCAGCAGGGUUGAGGGAAUACAUGAAAAAGCAUAACUACGUAUUACACUCCAAGAAUAACUCUUACUCUUGGCCAGUGACUACUCCAACAACUAGUCCAAAAUAA